ACUGCCAUCCCUAGCAUUGUUGAUUUUUUGACGAAACACGCUUAAAUCGGGCAAAAUAGUUUUAAAUUACAGCUGGAUCACUUAAAUAGUACAUAGCCCCAACACUAGUCUAGUCAACAUUAAGUACGAUAUCCGCGUGUGUUCAUCUGCACAGGCCAAAACCAAGACAGUAAUUGCGCUAAUCUCCUGCCCGUGGGACCUCCUCAAAGAUGCCCCAAUCGAAACAACGCGGCGGGGCCGCGUCCUCCAAGGAUUCGAAAUACGAUCUGGGUAAAAUUUCGGCACGCGUUGAUCGCGUUAAUGUCAGCGGCUUGCUGCGUACCCACAACGACUAUGUGAUGAGGGCAGCGGACGGACUCUUCAAGGCGGACAAUUUCCAGGACCUCAUGCUGGAGGCCAUGUCCACCAAGUCCUAUCUGCACGAGCUGGGCAUCUUCAAGGAUGUGAGCGUGCACAUCGAUGUCAGUCGCGGUGCCGAUGCCUCGCCCCAAGGCUAUGAGGUCACCUUCAAGGGCCACGAGUACUCCCGCCUGAUGGGCUCAGCGGGCACGGAGGUGGGCCAAAACGAGGGCUCCCUGCGCACAGAGCUGACCAUCCCCAACAUCCUGGGGCGGGGCGAGAGCAUCUCCCUGCAGGGCAGCUACAGCAACACCAGGGCCAACGACUUGCAACUUAAGUUCUGGAAACCCUUCUUCCACACCCGCUUUCGCGAGAAUCGACCCGAAUUCUCGUUCAGCAUAUUCAGGCAAACGGAUCGCUUCGACAUUAGCUCCUUUCAAUCCACAAAUCUUGGCUACCUCAUUGACUUUUCGGCCCACAGCAGCCUGGGAGUGGAUCUAACUCACUCGCUGCAGUACGAGAACUCGAUCAGAAACGUGGGCCUGCUGAACAAAUCCGUGCCAUUUGGCAUUCGGGAGCAUUGCGGACCCAAACUGGCCUCGUUGGUGCGUUACUCGGUGGUGUUUGACAAUCGGGAUGCCAAUGUCUUUGCCACACGCGGCAUUCUGCUGAAAUCCACCAACGAGUACUGCGGUCUGGGUGGCAACGUCGCCUACAAAAGCAGCACAGUUCACGGCGAGGUGAAUGUGCCGCUCUUCUCUAAAUUUGUGGCACAGUUCUGUGGACGCGUGGGCAUUGUCAAGGAGACCAAACAGACCACCUUGCUGCCCAUUGGUUCGCUCUUCUAUUGCGGUGGACCCAUGACAUUGCGCGGAUUCAAAUACGGCGGAGCUGGACCCGUGGUCGAUGGCACACCGAUUGGGGCGCAGACCUACUGGUGCACGGGGGCGCAUCUGUGGGCGCCACUGCCGUUUGCCGGCGUCUUCAAGAGCCUGGCCAGCAACUUUAGAAUGCAUUUCUUUUACAACAUUGGAAACACCAACACUUUUAGCUUUGAGAAUAUGCGUACCGCGUAUGGCAUUGGACUGGCCUUCAAGUUCGCCGAUCGGGCACGCAUCGAACUAAACUACUGCAUCCCAGUGCGUCGCCAGGCCACCGACCGGAUACUCAAUGGCUUCCAGUUUGGCAUCGGCUACGAGUUCAUCUAAAAAUUGUUCCUUCAACAAAUCAAAUUACUGGCACUGGAUGUAGUGUUCCCCCCCUCCCACAGCAGAAAGCCCAUGAGAAUCGCUAAAAAAAAAAACACCUGCCACAAAAUGUAGCUUGUCCUGUUCUGUAUUUUUUUGUCAAUGCAUUUUUUUCCUCUAACAAAUUAAUUUGUAGUCCAGCAAACACAUUUAAGUAGUUCCUAAGGCGUGUGUACAUACGUAAAACGAGUAACGAAAAAUAUACAAAAAUGUUUAAACAA